GUCUCAGCCAAUCGACUUUGUUUACACUGUAGCGCUAGGCUAUCUUUGACAUUCACUGUUCACAUGUAGAUUUUAACCUGUAUUUACUGAUAAAAAGAAGCUCAGAAUGAACAUUAUUCUGUCGUCUGUUUCCAGACUGCGUGGAUUAACCCACCUGCGGAGCGCCCUUACAUCGGAUCUCCCAGCAAACGCUGCGUCUCGCCUCAGAUCCUUCAGCUGGUUUUUGUCCAGCGGAGCCGCGACACCUCGGGCCUCCAGGCUGCCAGCAGCCGAGGGCGGCGAGGUGUUCCAGCAGCUCCCCUGGCAGUACCAGCAGGUGCGGACCCGCAAAAGAGGCACAGAGUAUCAGCCCAAGAACAUAAAGCGGAAGAGGACGCACGGCUGGAUCAAGAGGCUGAGCUCGAAGGGCGGCAUCGAGGUGAUCCUUCGCCGAAUGCUGAAGGGACGGAAAUCCUUGUCUCACUGAAGACUUUGAAAUCUGAGGUGCUCAGAAUGCAGCAGAGAUUGUCUGCUACGUGAAAAACUACGGGAGAUCACCGCCGUGCUUCGGAGGGUUGUUCUCCCGACAUCAUGAGUAGAGAUCGUAAACGCCUCCAGCCUCGGAUCAGAACGAAGAGAUCAAACAUCUUAUAGUUUCACCUACCUGUCAUGAAGUUCUGUUCAGAAUCCUCAGAUUUAUUGUUCGGUUUGAGGAUAAAAUGUCUAAAUAAAUAUUUUUUUUAUUUGCAAAAGAA